GCCCUGUUGAAGUUACAUGACCUUCAUCACCUUUUGCGGUACCAAAACGGUGGAACAUACCCCGCCAAUUUUUAUUGCGGAGGACGUGGAAGAGGCUGGUCAAAGAGGAACUCAGAGAGACAUCGCGUCAUUUAGUAGAAGUAAAGUGUCCAGGAAGCAAGCGUGUAUACCAGCAUGCAAAAAGGCGCAGAAAUGGGAUUUCCCUCAAGUCAAGACUAUAGCUGGGCAGGGUAAGCUAAAUGUUCGCCUACAAAAACCACAAGCUCUAACUGGUGCGGAAGAACCAUCAACACUGAAUGACCUUCCAUCUACAUGCAUGUUGUCUGUUACUGAGUCUGCACUACACCCAUUAAAUGAAUGUAUUGCAGGAGGCAACACGUCUGCAUCUACACUGUGUGAUCCUCAGCCAUCAACCUCAACUGGCAGUGUUUCAUCAAGCAGCAUCAAAGCAGGUCCUUCAAGCAUCAGUAACAAAGGAACAGGGUCAGAAUCUGUAGCUGUCAAUAUCUUGACUUGCAACCAGUCUCUUGAUGAGGAUGAGCAGAAAGACAUGAAAAGGCUCAAAACAAUGUUGCCUGAUAAAGAUGAAUCAUACCUCUCUGAAGUUACAAGAAACAACAUAACUCUUAAUGACAAAAUUGAUGAUAUUCUUGGUGUUGAAGCUCUCGAAGGUUGGUUUUGUUUUAGAUAAAGUAAAUGUGCUGAUAAGAAAUAAACUCUUAGAACAUCGGUCAUGGUGCAGCUGACAUAGACAUGCUGAACUAUUGAAAAAAUUUUAACUGAACAAUGAGGGUGGAGCUGUACAGAACCUGUUAGUAGAGUUUUUUUUUUCUGCUCGAUCUCUACUGGUAAUAGAGACCCGGCAAAGUUUUCCAUAGUUUCGGUUUCAGUAGCCCAAUGAAUCCACCACGUAGGGGGUUAGCCUUCGUAGCUUCACCAGAGGUCUGUUAGCCGCCCCGUUUCAGGGUUCCAGUCAGGCCCUCACGGUUACUGUAGCAGCCCUGAGGAAUGAGGCUUCCCCACCGUACUUCACCCUGACUGGCGCUCCCCUACUUUAGGACGUUGCCCAGGGUGUACGACAGGGAUGUGGAGCUGGACUUUACAACCCCGUUAGUAGAGUUAGUAUUUUAAAAUUAACUCAUGGCUAAAAAAAAAUAUUUACCUGAUCAUCAUUAUAUAGUUAACUUGAAAGGUGAAAACAAUAACAUUAUCUUUUAUGUCUCGCAAAAAUAGUAAAAUCUGGUAACCAAAAUCACUUACAUUUAGGUAUGUAACAGAAGACCAGCGUAGUGGAGUUGAUGUAAUGUAAUGGGUUUGCCUUUUUGAAGUAGUGUAGAAAAAUACAUAGAUUUAGCCAAGCCUAAAAGUGGAGCUCCUGAUUGUGAUGAUACGUGCUUCAAAUGCACUUCUGGUGACGUAAUCAGCAUGUGAACCAUCACGCUUUGCGAUCUUUUGUAUGCAGUUCCUGCCAUGUUGUUUAGAUAUUAAAAGCAAGUAAGAAGCGA